AAAAUAAUGAGUAUAGGAUUGGAAAAGACGGAUUAAUAAUAUUCUCAAUUAACAGAUUAAGGAGAAGAAUCUAGCAUUCUAAUAAGUACACAAGACCCUAUAACUUUGUAUAACAAAGUAAAUAUUUAAUGAUGAAUAUAGGUUAUAAAAGUAUAUAACGUAGAUGAUAAUAAAGUAAAUGGUAUAGCUUUGAAUUACAUGAUACCAAGUAAAGUUGUUCAAUUCAUUCAUAACUAUCUAAGAAAUUAUUUAGGUAUGUUUGUCUUUUUGUUAAUCCUUCUAUUGCUUCCCUUUAUUAAUCUCUUAUUUUACAUUAUGCUUUUUACAGCUUGGGCUAGAUUACGUUAAAAUUAAUCUAUCUUCUAAUAAAAUUUAAGUAUGCAUUUAAAACAAAAUUGAUUAGGCAAGGUAAUGGAUCCUUUUGCAAAUAUGAUUGAAAAUUCAGAACUUUGUGAAAUGAUGAAAAAAAAUUAUGUUAUUUUUGAUAUGGAAAUUAAAGAAAAUGAAGGUUUACACUUUUCUAAUCAAGUCAAAGAAAUGAUUAAAAAUAGAUCUAAUGGAAACAAUAAAAUUAAAUAUACAGUCUAUCAUUAAAUAUUAAAAGAAUAAUUUUUUGGAUAUCCUGAUUCAAGAAUAAUAUAUUUGAAAUGGAUUUUAGUCUCCACUUUAAUUAUAGCAGUUUAAAUAAUAUUAGUGAUCAUUUAUUUUUCUAAAAUUUGA